AAUAACCACAUAACCUGAUAACCAGACAGAUGUGAAUCCCCACAGUGUAAUAAUGUUUGCUUAUUUUAUUAGAUUUCCAUACCAUUAAUCAUUGUAAGCAAUCUCUCGAAAUUUUGCACGACGUAAUUGACAAAUUAAUGGAGGACGAACAGCGCAAUGAUCUAUCUAAUUCGCGCAGCGCCACGAAUAAUUAUGAAAAUGCUUACCGUCAGCGAACUUUGUACGCUUUAAUGAAGUGCCUGGAGGUGCUCUAUGAUAAUCUUUCAUUUGAAGAUCGAUUAACUACAGAGUCUUAUUCGUGGCUGCUUAACUUCUGCAAGCGCUAUGAGGUGAAGUCUAAAAAUUUGAGCUUAGUGCACAAGCUUCUAUUCACACAGCGCCAAAAAACACAUUCUGGCGCAUUCUUCAACACGAUAUCAUUACAAUUGUGCGGCAUUUGGGGUGCCGUGACUGACGAAUUGUACGAGAGUGAGUGCCCACCUGCAUUCACCCUGAAGUCCUUAACGAUGGAAAGUGCUGAGUCAUAUUUCACGUAUCUAUGCCAGGCUUUGCGCAAGCAAUUAGAUGACGCAGACUAUUUUAUUCAAAAAGCAAACAACUUAAACUUCAGAUAUCGUCUUAUAACCGAAGACGAGCGAGAUAUGUGCCUUAGUCAGCUGCGUUCUAUGGAGCGUUCUAUUUGUUCGCAGCUAGUUCAUAUCUCAAAUGCCUUGAUAAACUUGGCGAACGCUUGCAUUCCUUUGGGUACACUCAUGGACCAACUUUUGAAACUUCUUGUACAACACUACAUGUGUCUAAAAAAUCUGACUAAACACUUUUUGGGAUGCGUUGGAACAUCACAAGUUUGCAUGAAAUCCACAAGGUUCGAAUUUCUCUUGCGUGCCGUUGGAAAAUCGCUUCCUACAAACAUUUAUGCGCUCGUCUCUUACAUCGAAGCGAAUGUAAUAGAUAAAGAACAGCCACAGGGUAAACACUCAAAUCCCAAAGCGGAGAGUUCCAAAAUUUUACGAGAAACAAAACUAAUUCCUAAAGUGGUACUACAUCUAGAGACUUUCAAUCGUUUUGUAAUAGUUUUAUCAAAAAAAACUAAUAGCCGCAUAGCAAAUUUUCUGCAUCAAGGAACUGUACAUGAUUUCCGUUUUCAUUCUCAUGCAUUAAAAACGGCUAUAGAACGUACAUUUUCUCAUAGUAGUGAAAUUUCUGUAGAUAGCAGUGUUGAAAGCAUGAAACCAGAAACUAUUGAAGACGACUUUUUGAAGCGCAUAGAAACUAAUACGCUGCCUAAUGAAAAUGAUAAAAAGCGCAAAAAACGCGAUCUCAAUAUUCCCUGUCGCAAUGAAAAAGAAGUUAGUGAGAUCGAAAACUGCGAUAGUAAUGUUAACGAGAGGGAGGACAGAGAUGAAUGUGAUGGAACAUCCUCUAGUACCAGCCCCAUAUCGAUGUCAAAAUCAAAUUCAAAACCGUCUAAGAAAACGCAAAAACCGUCGAAACGCAAGCUACGUAGUUGUGAUAAUGACAGUUAUGUCAACUAUAGUGAUGAUAAUGGAGUCACGAAGCAGCCUUUAAAUAUUGCUGAGUCUAAUCGCCGAGUUCGAAAAGUGAUUGGCUGUCAAAGAUUGAAUGAAAAUGAAGCUGAGAGUGAGGCAUGCUCAUCUCCGACACCAGAGAGCGUAGAACUCUUGGAGCAUGAAAGCAACCAGGAAUCAGCCUCACAGUUGUUUAAAAAUUUAGCGAAAAUCAAUAAGAAAGCAAAAAAACGCACACUUCAGGAAACUGAUGAUAAUGAGGGAGUAAAUGUAGUAAACACAAGGCCCUCAAAAAAACGGCGUGGACGCUAGUCGAUAAUAUACAACUACGUACAUAUAUAUUUUUUUCAUGUAAUUGAUUCCAUUGGACAGUUGCUCAAACUUUGAGCUUUUACUAAACUUAUUGAUUGCGUUUCGAUAUUUAGUAAAUAAAAAUGAUUUCCCAAUAUUUA